AAGCUAAAGAGAAAAAAGAAGAAAAGGCUGGAGAACGUGAUGAUACGAUACCUCCAGAAUACAGGUUGACGCCGGAGUUGGAUAAAGAUGGACAACCAGUAUUGCCAAAGGCUGAAGAAAAACCUAAGCCUUUGAGUGAAUCUGAUCUUGUUGAUGAAUUUUCAAAAGACUUUGCCUGCCCUGCCCAGCCUGCAGUACAAUCCAAACCAUCGAAGCCUAGCAGCACAUCCAAAAAGCCUUCAGAUCCUGUGUCUGCAAAAGCUACUGAGGAUGAAAUAGUCCCUCGUGCCAUAGCUUGCACUGUGCAGUCUUCAGCUCCACCAGCUGUCUCUUCAGUUGGUCACGUGGCAGAUGAAGCCCUGGAAGCCUUGUCCAGCAGCCUGGGAAAGAGGGAGCCUGAUCCAGCCGAAAAGAAACCUGCUGUGGACAAAGUUAAGGAGAAAACCAAACAGGAAGCACGCCAAAAACUGGGGGAAGAUGAAGAAACAAUUCCUCCAGAGUACAGAUUAACAGAAGCAAAAGAUAAAGAUGGAAAACCACUUUUAGCAAAGCCUGAAGAAAAGUCCCAGCCUAUGACUGAAAAUGAUCUUUUAGAGGGUUUGACAGAAGGAUUUUCCUCUUCUCCAUCCCCAUCUGCACCAUUACCUACACCAACUGUAAUAAAGAAAACCAAGGAGGGUAAAGAGCCUGCAGAUUCCUCGGACAUUAUCUCUGCUGCUACAGUUUCUUCAGUGCACUCAGCAGCUCCUCUAGCUUCUACCUCAGGAGGAAAAGAGAUGGAUGAAGCCUUGGAUCUCCUUUCUGAUUCCCUGGGCCAGAGGGAACCCGACCCUGAUGAGAACAAGCCAGUUGUGGAUAAAGUGAAGGAAAAGGCAAAAUCUGAACACAGAGACAAACUUGGAGAAAGAGAUGAUACCAUCCCACCAGACUAUCGAAACAUUCUGCUGUCAGGCGAGCAGGAUAAACCAGUAAAGCCAACAGCAAAGGAUGAUGUGAAACACAAAGAACUCAAGAAGCCUGCUGAGGAGUCUGCAGCUAUCGAUGCCCUGUCAGGUGACUUUGAUAGUUGUGCGGAGGUUCCUGCCACACCACAGCACUCAAAG